AUGUCCUUUCUAUCUUCUUUCCUCUGCUGCUUCGAACCAGAUUCAUCGUCUCGUCAUCAAAAUAACCAUAGAAGAGAAGGCCAACAUAUCCAGUACAGAACAAUCUCUAACCACUCAAACCAACGCCUCUCCAAAACCCAGUCAAAUCUACAAAGAGCUCUCACCCCUUCUCCAACUAAUAAAUCCCACCCUCCUUCCGGCAUUCCCUCCUCUCUGAAAAACUCUUCCUUGGUCGAUCCGUACAAGAAUACCAAAUCGUCUCCUUAUAACAUGGACUCCCAUCAACAGAAAACCAUGUAUUCUAACAUAAACCCCUUAUCAAGCGGUAAAACUUUAGCAAAAAACAGCACAAACAACAACAAUAUAGGCAACGCCAUCAAUAAUACAAAGAUUGUCAAUGGCAACGCCAAAAUGAUUGAUGCUAACAAUACUGCUAAGAUGUCAACGCCGCCAGAAUACAAAGAACUAGUUGAAGAGAUUGCGGACUCGAAAGAAUCAACAGAAUCUUCGAAAAAUGAUGAUGAUGACAUUGUUAGGAUCCAUGAUAACCAAACCGCCAGUACUGAUGAAAUGGAGAAACCUCCUUAUAAUAGCCAUAAUGAUAGUGGCAAUAAUACUACCAAUAACAACAAUAAUACCAAUACUAAUACCAAUACCGGUAAUUAUACUGAUCAUAACCCCACUUCUGAAAUGGCCAAUAACAUCCAUAACCCAAUAUCCACUUAUGAUCCAAACAAUCCUCUAAACAGCCAAAUCAACAAUCAAAGUUUCUAUGAUGAUCAGUUUGGUUUGGAUUUAACGGAAAUCUUACCGGAUCAGACUGUAUCGAGUACAGGUUGGUUAUUAGGUCCUCAACCUGAAAAACUAAAAGGGAAAAAAUGCUUGAUUCUUGAUUUGGACGAAACGUUGGUUCAUUCCUCCUUUAAAUACGUUAGGCAAUGCGAUUUUGUUAUACCGGUGGAUAUCGAAAAUCAAAUUCAUAAUGUGUAUGUUAUCAAAAGACCUGGUGUUGACAAGUUUUUAGAAAGAGUUGGUCAAUUGUUCGAAGUUGUUGUUUUUACAGCUUCUGUUGCAAGAUAUGGAGACCCUCUAUUAGACAUACUAGAUCCACAUAAAACUAUUCAUCAUCGGUUGUUUAGAGAUAGCUGUUACAAUUAUCAAGGAAACUAUAUUAAAAACUUAUCUCAAAUGGGUAGACCUUUAGAAGACCUGAUUAUAAUCGACAAUUCUCCAGCCUCUUAUGUCUUUCACCCUCAUCAUGCGGUGCCUAUAUCCAGUUGGUUCAGUGAUUCUCAUGACUGCGAAUUGACCGACCUAUUACCGUUUCUUGAGGAUUUGGCGUCCUCGAAUGUCGAUGAUAUACGGUUGGUACUAGAUAUAACCCUCUGA